CGAGAAAAGGCGGUAAUAAUUCGGUCGCGUCUCGCUGACAUACCCUUUUUGCCUCUUCCCCACCUUGACCGGGGGGUUAAGACCUGACGUCCUUUGUUGCUUACCGGUUAAGUAAGGGGAAGGUGGCAAGAUAUAUCCGUUGAGCACUGUGGAUUUUUGGAGGUUCGAUCUUUGAUGAAUGGAUAAUUCAUGCUGACCGAGAAUUCCGGCGAUGCAGUCUAUUCGUUAUGGCUUCAUCGAGAAUUUCGAUUGCCGUAAUUGGCACGUUCGAUACUAAACUCGACGAAUUUCUCUAUCUUCGAUCUCGGAUUUUAGAAUACGAUUCUUCUGUGAACGUUAUUCUAAUCGAUGCGGGCCGGUCUCAAGUGGAACACGAAGCAAUAACCGUUCGGCAGCAUGAUGUACUAGAAGCCAGCGGGUUCCGGGGGAACCUUCAAUCCCUUCCCCGAUCAGAUCUUGUGAGGACUAUGAUUAGUGGGGCAAAAGCCGUGAUAAGGCGACUUGAGAACCGUGGCGAGAUCCAGGCUAUAAUCGGGCUCGGCGGGAGCUAUGGGACUACCAUUACAUCCACUGUUAUGCAAGCGUUACCGGUGACUUUUCCGAAGUUGAUCGUGUCUACUGUUGCCUCGAGUGACACAAGCUCUUACGUCAGAGAGACGGAUAUCACGAUGAUGUACAGUGUGGUUGAUAUCGCGGGGCUUAAUGAAGUGCUAAAGGCAGUCGUGGACAAUGCUGCUACCGCUAUCGUGGGCAUGGCUAAAGCAUAUUGCAAGAGAGCUAGUUCAAGACCUACUGAAAUUAAUCAUAUAAAAAAAGGGGUUGGGAUCACAAUGUUUGGUGUCACUACAAAAGGGGUAGAUGUUGCGCGCAAGUGGUUAGAGAGCAAUGGGUUCGAAGUCUACGUGUUUCAUGCUACUGGAGCUGGCGGGCGGGCAAUGGAGCGACUGUUGAUGGAAGGUCGAUUGAAUGGUGUUCUGGAUCUUACCACCACCGAAUUGGCCGAUGAACUUGUCGGUGGUGUUUUUCCCGCGGGCGAGAGCAGGUUGACGGCCGCUGCAAAGGCAGGAUUACCCCAAAUUGUCAGCGUCGGCGCUCUGGACAUGGUGAAUUUUGGACCCAAAGAUACUAUACCUCAGAAGUUUCGGGAGAGAAGGAUAUAUGAGCAUAACCCGUCUGUAACGUUAAUGCGAACAACCGAUGAGGAAUGCAGAGAACUAGGGCGGCGAAUAUCACAGAAACUCAAGGAUAACUGCAUCAAGCCCGAAUUGACCGAAGUAUGGCUUCCGUUAAGAGGCAUUAGCGCGAUUUCGACAGAAGGCCAGGCGUUUCACGACAAAUUAGCUGACGUGGCCUUAUUUGCAGCUAUCAAGGAAGGGCUUGAAGGAACCGCAAUCAAUAUUGUGGAAGUUGACUCUGAUAUCAAUGAUGCACAUUGGGCAGAGCAAGUGGCUCGGAGACUUAGUGAGCUUUUCGAGAAAAGCGAGAAGGUAGCUGCAUAAUACUACCUAACAUGUCCCCCUCUUAAACCUCUCCGCCCUCUUUUCAUAAAUGAGAGUCGGUCAGCCCUUUGAAAAGUUUCGAGCCCGUUUCGUAUCUCAUUCACUGAGCGUCCUUAACAGCUUUGCUAAGGAGCUUUAGAGCUUUCUUGGAUCUACGUUUGAAACCUACAUCAAGCUUAUUGGGAUGACUUGAUAAUCCCGUGCUGAAUUUUAUGGUCUGUUCAAUGGGAUUACCAUCUAGGUCAAUAGGUUUCGAUAUGUUGGUUGUGGCCACAAGAGUAGCUAUCAUGAUCCAUACGGAUGCUUGAGCUAGAUGGCGUCCAACACAUACUCUUCGACCAAAGCCAAACGGCCCAACUAAUAGCGGCUCGCCAUCUCCUCCUUCUUCUUUAGGGGUGUAUCGAUCGGGAUUGAAUCUCUCGGGAUCCUUG